AUGCCACCAAAGCCCGUGGGAGGUCCAUCAAAAAAGACCGAACAAAAGAAAAAGGAGAAGGUCAUCGAGGAUAAGACGUUCGGCUUGAAGAACAAGAAAGGAGCCAAGCAACAGAAAUUCGUGCAACAAGUCACAAAUCAGGCUAAACAAAGCUCCCAAGCCAAGCAACAAGCCGACCUUGCGAAGAAAAAGGCCGACAAGGAUAAGGAUGAGCUCGACGAUCUCAACAGGCUACUAAAGCCGGUGAUUGGGAUGCAAAAAGUGGAGAAAGAUGUUGAUCCAAAGUCGAUUCUUUGCCUCUUCUUCAAGCAAGGCAUGUGUACAAAGGGCUCAAAAUGCAAAUGGAGUCACGAUCUUUCAAUCGAACAAAAGGUUGUGAAGCGAAACUUGUAUGUGGAUUCUCGAGAUCUUGGAGAUAAUGAAACAAACGAGAAUUGGGAUGAGAACAAACUCUCCGAGGUGGCCGAAACAAAACACGGAGAAGCGGACAGGAAAAGGACCAAUCAAACAGAUAUUGUUUGUAAAUUUUUCAUUGAAGCCGUCGAGAACUCGAAAUACGGUUGGUUUUGGGAAUGCCCGAACGGUGCGACAUGUAUCUACCGCCACGCCCUUCCGCCUGGAUUUGUUCUGAAAAAGGAUCGAAAGACGUUAGAAGAUCUGAAGAAACAAGAUGAAAUCACUUUGGAGGAACUCCUCGAAAAAGAGCGGUCCGAGUUGAGCUCAAAGAAUUUGACGAAGGUCACUUUGGAGACAUUCAUUUCCUGGAAGAAGCGAAAAUUGCGCGAAAGGAAAAAGGCCGAAGAGGAAGCAGAAAAGGCGAAGAAGGAAAAAGUCAAAAUGGGCAAACACGGUGGAAUGAGUGGUCGUGAUUUGUUCACAUACAAUCCCGACCUUAUUCAAGAUGACGAUGAUGAGGCUGAUGACUUUGCUUAUGAACGGGAAUUGGAGGAAGGAGAAGAGGAAUCCGGUCCUGUAUUCGAAAUUGAUGAGAGGACUUUCUUCAAUUUUGACGGUAUGGACAUGAACGACCUCGACGAGCCUGGAGUCAGCGAUUCGGUCAAUGAUGGUAUGGCAAAGAUGGCCAUCAAUGCAGACUUAUUUGAUGUCGAUGAAGCGGGUGAGCUGGACUCGGAUGUAGACGAGGACGAGGAUGAGAGC